AUGCGAGACGCCAGCGUCAUCCCCAUUGGCGGACCGUCCUACACGCCACGGAUCUCGGUCUCGUCGCACUCGCCCUCAGCCUCUUCCUCGUCGUCUUCCUCGUCCUCCUCCUCCUGCUACUCUCCAACGUCGGAGCACUCGUUCCGCACCUCCCUCGAUGCGCAGCAGGUGCAGUACGCCCGCUCGAUGGCGUCGCACACGGCCUCGAUGUGGCAGCGCGAACGCCUGGCCAUCGAAAAGGCCAAGCUCGACGGGACCUGGAAGGGCGACAUGACCAGCCGCACAAACGGCAGCGCCAAACCCGUCCCCGGCGACGACGACAUCGAGGUCCAGCACCAGGCCGAGGGGAAACGGACAAAGAGGAAGAACAACACCACUGGUUCCACCCGGGACCGUACCAGGGACAUCAAGAGGGACCUCCCCUCGUCGUCUUCCGGGUCAGAGAGGAGGUGGUGGAGCUGGAGACGUGCCUGA